AUGUCUCCUCUCCGCCUCUUCAUUGACGGCAGCACGUUUCGAGAUGCUCUCGGUCGGCAGGUUGUGCUGCGCGGCAUCAACGUCGCCGGCGAUGCCAAGUAUCCGAGCACCCCGAACCUCCCGUCACACAUCGCAGACGAUUUUUACGACGGCGACAACGUCAACUUUCACAAGCGGCCCUUUCCCAAGGAGGAUGCCCACUUGCACUUCUCGCGUUUAAAGCGCAUGGGAUACAACACCAUCCGCUACGUCUUCACCUGGGAGGCCAUCGAGGCUGCUGGUCCGGGCAAAUAUGACGAGGAAUGGAUCCAACACACCGUCGAGACACUGCGUGUGGCUAGACAAUACGGCUUCUACGUAUUUAUGGAUCCUCACCAGGACGUGUGGUCCCGAUACUGCGGCGGGUCUGGGGCCCCAAUGUGGACGCUCUAUGCCUGCGGGCUCAACCCGCAGAGCUUCUCGUCGACCGAGGCGGCCAUUGUGCACAACACGUACCCCGACACCAACGACUUUCCCAAGAUGAUCUGGUCGACCAACUACUACCGGCUGGCGGCGGCAACCAUGUUUGCGCUGUUUUUUGGCGGGCGCGACUUUGCGCCCAGGUGCAUCAUCGACGGCAAGAACAUCCAGGACUACCUGCAGGAGCACUUUAUCGAGUCGAUCACACACCUGGCGCGGCGGAUCCGCGAGGCCGGCGACAUUGAGAACGACGUGGUGUUUGGAUGGGAGAACCUCAACGAGCCCAACAAGGGCCUGCUCGGGUACCAGGACAUCAGCGUGAUCCCCAAGGACCAGCAGCUCAAGAAGGGCACGUGCCCGACGAUGUGGCAGGCGAUGCUGACGGGAUCGGGGCGGCCGUGCGAGGUCGACACAUACGAGAUGGGCGGCCUGGGCCCGGUCAAGUCAGGGCGGACGCUGAUCGACCCGCACGGCGAGCAGGCCUGGCUGCCGGCCGACUACGACGACUCGCGGUACGGCUACACGCGUGACCCCGGCUGGCGGCUGGGUGAGUGCAUCUGGGCCCAGCACGGGGUCUGGGACCCGGCCCGCGACGAGCUGCUGCGCAAGGACUACUUUGCCCGGAACCCGCGCACGGGCGAGACCAUCGACCACCCCUGCUUUGCCGACACGUACCUAAUGGACCACUUCCGGCGCUACCGCGACGUCGUCCGCACGUUCCACGAGGACGCCAUCCUGCUGCUGCAGGGCCCGACGAUGGAGCUGCCGCCAAAGAUCAGGGGUACGGCUGAUGACGAGCCGCGGCUGGUGUACGCGCCGCACUUUUACGACGGCAUCACGCUCAUGACCAAGAAGUGGAACCGCACCUGGAACGUCGACGUGAUCGGCGUGCUGCGCGGCCGUUACCUGCACCCGGCCUUUGCCAUCCGCGUGGGCGAGACGGCCAUCCGGAACUGCUUCCGCGACCAGCUGGCCACGCUGCGCCAGGAGGGACUCGACCGCGUCGGCAACCACCCGUGCAUCCUGACCGAGUUCGGCAUACCCUACGAUAUGGACGACAAGCACGCCUACAAGACGGGCGACUACUCCAGCCAGUCGGCGGCCAUGGAUGCGAACCACUUUGCGGUGGAGGGCGACCUGUGGAAUGGCGAGGACCUGUCGAUAGUGUCGCUGGACGACAAUCAUCUGCCACACUCGCAGCUGCCGCUGUCGUCGGCGCAUAGGGCGUCGUCACCUAGCCUGCAGCGCGUGGUGACGGCGGCGUCAGCGCUGGCGGGCCCGAGACGCAUGCCGCCUCGCCAGCAACAGCAGCCGGUGUCCAACAAGGACGGGUCAGACUCGGACGAGUCUGUGACGACGCCGCUAACAACGGCCAUGGCGGAUGGGCCGCGGCCAGCGACACCGACGACACACCACAGCCUCGACGGCGAUAGUGCGGGGGCGGUGACGCCGAGCAACUUGAAGCAGGCGCUGUCGCGGCCGUCGAUCUCGUCAGCGCCCAACAGUCACGUGGUGCCGGAGCUGACGACCACGCCGGGGCUGCGGGCGGCCGAGGCGUACGUGCGGCCAUCGCCGAUCACGGUGGCCGGCACGAUUAUCAAGUACGGCUUCGACCUGCGGCGGUGUGAGUUUGCGCUGACAGUGGACGGAGGGGCGGGCCUGCACAUGGGCAGAGGAGCUGGAGCUGGAAUGGGCGGCAUGGACGGCGUUAUGGACGCGCCAGAGCAUGCAGACAAGGCGACAGCUGACACAGUGGAGGAGGACCUGCUGCCGGUGCCGACGACGAUUCUGCUGCCCGAGUUUCACUUCCCGGAGGAGAGCAUCGACAUCCUGGUGAGCUCAGGCAAGUGGGAGGUGGCGUGGGACGAGGAGGAGACGGAGCUGGCGCAGAAGCUGCGGUGGUGGCACGGGCCGGGCAAGCAGACGGUGCAGGUGACUGGGCUGGUGCGCAAGCACAACUACGUGGAGGGCAUCUCGAGCGAGGACGGCUACUACGACCAGAUGUCGAGCUUUCUGAGCAACUGCUCGGUGAUGUAG